GAGGCUUGCCGUAGAUUGUUCCUUGUCAGCGCGACUACACUUUCCUGUCCUCUGUAAAACAAAAACUGAGCUUGCUUGCGUGUAAAACAAUGCCUCUGGACUCAUCCCGUACAGUUUACACAGGAAAGCAAAAUCGCCUUUGUGCUCUUGAUCGACUUUGUUCAUUUUAAUGCUUCGUAACGCGGGGUGUGAGGUCCCACCUUCGCAGAGGUAAACAAACGACAGAUCGUCAACUAACGUGACGGCUGGCCUUAGGUGGCCAUCUUGCCCUCGCUCGUGUCGCGCUUGUAAAUGUAAAUUAUUAUUACUAUUAGUAGUUCGCCAUGAAUUGUCGCUCUGAAGUGCUGGAGGUGACAGUGGAGGCUCGGCAGGUUGAGGAAUCGAUGCUGGCUCUGCUACACACCAUUUUGCUACACCGAAGCACGGGCAAGUUUCACUACAAGAAGGAGGGUACCUACUCCAUCGGCACCGUUGGGACCUUGGACAUCGAUUGCGACUUCAUCGAUUUCACCUUCGUCAGAGUGUCAUCAGAGGAACUGGACAGGGUGAUCCGGAGAGCCGUGUCUGAAUUUAAGGUAGCUGUUGUUAUCAGCUCCUAAUUGUUGACUGUAAUGUCGGUACAGGCUGUUAAAUUAUAUGUCAGCCCACAUAGACCUCUCACUAUAAGGAUGCUGUUAUAACGCCACCUCAGUGAACUGGGUGGUGCAGUGUUGCCAAGCUGCUUACAGAAUAUACGAGUUCAUUUAUAUAAGACUGCAUUCAUUUAUCGGUGAGUACUGGUAUUGGCUGCCUGUCCUAUUGACAGAUAUCGACAAAAAAGCUCGAUAUCAUUUUGGCUGAAUAUUGGGGUCACGAAAUAGCUCAGUUCUUAUCGUAGGGUCCUCUUUUUUUUAUCCUGGUUUAGAUCUCUACACUAGAGCAGCGCCACAGGGGCCUGCACUUUUUACCGGCGCCACAUACUGGUGCAUUGGAGUGUCUGCCGCUCUCCGCUUUGUUCUCCUUUAACCUGGGAGAGUGAUUGUGACAUGUAUCACCAUUUUCUGGGUCUCACCUCGACACGGUGGAAUAACUGUGUCUGUGACGUCAUCAGGUUGUUUGUGAAGCGGUUGCCUUCUUCUUGGUGAUGCUGAUCCAACUAACCAGUCAGUCCACAUACUAGAAGUGGGCUUUUAUGUUGUAUUCACAGCAAGUGCGGAUAAAAUCGUGUUCUCUGUUCUCGUGUUUACACAGGAGAACCCAAACACAGGUGAUAUUGCGAGAGAGUAGCGAGAGAGAGGAGGGGUUCCUACGUGUAAGGUCAGUCGGUUUACAUAGACUAUGGCAGAGGUUGAUCACACUGGCCCUCAUUUAUCAAGCUUCCACAGAUCUGAGUGCAGGAUUCAUCGUACGAUAGGACACACGUGAGAUUUAUGAAAGGGUUCGUAUCUGACCAAUUCCAGCGUACGUAUGAUCGGGUUUUGAUAAAUGCAGCGGCUGAAAUCGAUCGUCAUUACCAGUUUACGCCCUUAAAUAUUUGUGGUUCAGAAGCCUCGCCCACUGAGGUCAAACAUGAAAGAGGAGAAAUAUUACAAAGAUGUGAAACUUUUCUGAGCUGAAAGUGGAUAUCCUCACAUCUGUGUUGGAAACUAACACAGAUUUUCUCUUUGGAAGCAUCAAAACUGGUAUAAAACCUGUUCAGAAAACUCCUGUCUGGAGCAGGAUUAUGGUGGUGGUGAACAGCGCUGUUGCGCAAUAGUGGACAGUGACUGAAGUUUGAAUAAAUCAUUAGUCAGUAAGUUGCUCAUGAUGAUAAAUUAAUAUCUCAUACAUGCCUCAUAUUUGUUUAUUGCCAUUAAAUAAGGUACGUUGCUCCUAUUAUUGAAAGUAUUUAGUUUUAAUUUGUUGCAUCUUUGUAAUGUAGAGCAGACUGGAGAGUCUGACAGAGGCUGAACAAAAAUAAUUAUUAAUGUCACUAAACGGUGUGUUGCUGCCCCUGAGGCACAUUUUUAUGGAUUUCUAUUUGAUUUUUAUCACUGAAUAAAUAGCAAGAGCACUUUCUGAACUUAUACUUUACAUGUCAGAAUCCAUCGAUAAGGUCCUGUCCCCUCUGUACAGCACCUUUGUGGAGUCUCUCCUUGUUAUUGUUCUCUGGGCAUCAGGUCCUCAAGUUGCACCAGCACAGCCAACGGCACUCCAUUUGCCAGUGCAACAUUGUGCUAAACUGUUUUAUUUACGUCUUAAUCUUUAAUGAAAUCUAGCUGAUUGUGCUUGGUGACAGGUUGGAGGUGUGUUUAUCAAUUAUUUUGAGACAGACAUUUGCUGCACCGCAGAUCCACACUGACUCAAACUUGCGUACACGAUGUCAGACCUGUCGUGAGAUUUGGUCAUAGCGUACGCUCACAUGCAGAUUGAUAAAUGCCGAUCCUCACGUCAAAAUUGUCGUACGCAAGGUGUACGCAAGUUUUCUGCCAUACGCCAGCUUGAUAAAUGAGAGCCACUGUGAGGAUGAGUUUAAAUAACUUGACAGAUAAUCAGACCUCCUCACUAUUUCUGUUUCAAUAUAAACAUUUUUUUGUUUAUUUUGGUAUUAAUAUAGGCCAUCGCCUCGCAAAACAACCUCAUGACUGAGAUGCCUUCUCAAGACCCACAUUACAGACAUCACAAUUUUUCUAUUAUAUUUUAAAUGCCAGAAUAUCAAAUAUAAAUCAGAAUAUAGCUACGUGGGGGAAUUGCUUACUCUACACAAGCCUCCCCCUUAUUUCGGCAUCAGCGCCCCUAAAUUGACCCAAAAGAGACACUCUUUGGGGGGUAUUCCACAAAGCUGGCUUAGCUCAAAGCCUGGCUUAUGUCGGUUUGUCUCGCUAACUUUAGUGAGAGUCAGGUUCUACAAACGAGGCUUAGGACUAGCGUGGCUUGGUAACCAUGGUAACUCAGCCAGCGCGACAAGCCUGGUCCCAGGCAGGCUUAUGGUCAAGCUUAGUUUAGCUGCGUCUACGAGAAUGUCCGACGGGUUCCGAAAGACACUUUGUGAAACUCGUGUCUCACAUUAAAUUCAUCUUUAUCUGUAAUGAAUGAUGUUCUUGUGUGGAAACAUAAAUUGAGACCCUUUUUAAACACAGGAAUAACUGUAAACCUAGACAUGUCAAAUAUUGCACCAACCCCAUGGAUUACAGAGAAGUCAAUGGGUCAGUGGGCAGAGUGCAGGGCAAAGAAGUGCCAUUGACCUGUACCAUUCAUCGCGCCGUGGGUUUGAUCCCACCAUCGGUUACUGUUUCGAAAUAUCUCAUUUUCUUUCUUUUAUUCUGUCACCCUCAAAGUACAGUCAACACAUAACAGAGUAAAGGUACAAAUUGUCUUAUCAAAAAAUUAGAAGGCGACAACAGCCACAAUUCUCUAUAAAACUACUUUCCUUUUACCAGCAGUCCAUUCUGAUCAUGAUGAUAAUCUAAAGGCGAUGUCAAAUGAUGACAUAACUACUUGAUUUGUGUGCAAGCUCAUUUGUGUCUUCUCCCUUAUUUAAAUGUAGGGCACUGAACCACUAUCAUCCCUGAUAAAAAAAAAAGGCACCUCAUCUAUACAUGUUUUUUUUGUACUGUUUUAUUCAGUGUUUGAUGCAACAUUGCCACAUGAAGAAGCACAUUUUUUCUAAGUUUGCCUACUUUGGUUUUAGGUGUUACCUAUGUAGCUGCUACAGUCAUCUAUUAUGGAUAUAUUUUGUCAAAUCAAGAACAUGAAUUAGGCCUACACGUGAAAUACUGAAUACCACCAUUACAUUACACAAAAACUCUAAAACAAAUAAACUAUGCUUUUCCAUCCAUGCUCAAAAAAAAAAAAAAAAAAAAGAUCAACUUCAUCAACAAGUUUUGAACAGCUUUAAUUUCAUCAGGACCUUAAUGAUCUCCUCUGGGCUCUGGACCACAGUAGUAUGAGGAGUUUCAGGGUGAGAAAAAAAAGGUCAUCAAACACAGUAGAAACUCAAUAAGUGCAGAUUUGACACAGGUCUAUAUAAGCAGGGUAUUCUUGCACCACCACCUUUUCCACAACAAUGACAUGCCCGUUCAUUGAUGAGUAACCUGUUAAAAUGCAUCAAAAAACAAAGACGUCAAGACUAUUUUACCCAUUAAAACAUUACAAAUCAAAUAGACAACCAUUGCAGUUAUGGGUUAUUCCUAUGCAAUGUUCAAAAGCAUUCCCUCUGAGAAUCUAAACUUUCAGAUAGUGUGCGUGUGUACGCAUAGGCUAAGUGAUUAAUUGAAAAAAGAAAACAAUUACUUACGCAUUUAAACGUCAGCAAUGCUUUGCCAGACAGCGUCUCUGGCUUUGUUAACUGCAACCAUGCUGCCCUUUUUUUGUGAUAGUCACUCUGUAGUCCUCAUUUCACUCCAUGAGGAGUUUUUGCUCAGCUGAGAAAAAGGAUUCCGCUCUUUAUUUUGACAUGAUUUCGUAAUUUCGACAAUCGACACGUCGGGGCUUUUUGUGAGCCGCAGUCGCGCGCUGAGCCGCAGCUUGGAUCAGCCUGGCUUGAAUGAGCGUCUCUGAAAUACAGCUGAGCCUCGUUAGUGGAACGAGUUGCAGCUCAGAUUGAAGUGGCCGCUUAUUCAAGACACGCUUACCAGCGAUAGCCCAGCCUUCUUCAGCCAGUUUCGUGGAAUACCCCCCUGGCAGAGUUACUUAGGUUUUUUUAGUUUAGUUUGUUUAGUUUCUAAUCUUAAAAAAAAACAGCAAAUCAAAAUCACUAUGUUUGGUGCAGCCUUACAAUACAAGCACUAUGCCUGUGUGUCAUCCCCAAUCAACCAGCCUUUGAAUUCAGGGUUUGAAUCCCACUUCUCUGUGUUUUUGAGUGUACAAUUAAGACUGAGACACGAUGAGCUUGCUAGCUAAAUGUUAGCUUAUGUAGCGAAGAGGAACACAGUGGAUAAGGGGAGUUACUGAGGCAGUGUGAGACAAAUGCAGGGAUUCAUUUUAGUGUGAUGGUAAGUUAAAAAAAAAAGUACAUUUACAGAGCGAUACAUACUUUCACUUAAGUCUCCAAAAUAUUCAAAAAGUCUACAACAACACCACAAAAACUCACUUGAUUUGUCACGAGUUACAUUUGACAAAAAAGUUACCAAUAGGUGUUGGAAAGUCGCCAGACCGAGCAAGAAAGUCACCAAGUUGGCAACACUGGUCAAGUAAGGCGUACUCCUCUUUUGCUGAUCCUUUUACUUAAAUUACUUCAAAACUAACGCAUUACUAAAUAUAUCUACUUCCUAUACAUUAGGUGCACAGGAAGACUGGGCUCAGACCAAAGCAGUUUUUCACUCAGGGAAUGGCAGUUUUUAGCACUGGCAUCGGCUUCAUUACUCAAGACCGAAGGAUGCUGCUUGGUCCAAUCUCUCUAUAUAACCAGGCUUUCUGAUGCCUGGACCUCUGAAAAUAAUCAGCUUUUGUCUCUGAUUAGGGUCCUUCACAUGUGUGAAUGUUAUAUAGGAGGACUCCAGUUGCUCGGUCACGUUGUGCUUUCUAUGGAUGUAACCGACACUACGGCUGAAAAAGGGAAUUUAAAUUCUUUUAUCUGUGAAAUCAACAGUGAGAUCUGUGCCGUUUUCCUUCCUAAUUUUGGUCAUCUUCAGCCUGAAAUAGUUGACUGAAAUAGUCAUGUGAUUACUAAAAGUUGGGAGAAAUAUGGACCUUCCUACAGAAAGCUCAGAGAUUUCUUUUUAAAAUUAGUCAUGGUGUUAUCCAAUGAAAUCCUGAUCAAGAGAUAUCCAUGUGAGUUGUUCCUUAUGUAAAUACCUUUAAGUCUGUUGUUUCUCUGUCUUGAUAUGUGUCAGUUCAAUUUGGAUGGUGUUAUUUGUAAUUUUUAACUUCCUCUUUAUAAUAUUCUUUUUGGUCACUCAACUUCAAUGAGAAACACGCCUUUGAAUUAUAAAAUUUACCUUAUUUUUAGCAAGUACUGUAGUCAUAAAAGCCCACUUUCUUACUUUUCAGAGAGAAGCUUAAUUAAAUAUUAAAAUAAUACUAAAAGCUAUUUGCCCAUGAAUUUAUGUUUCCAUUUGAAGGUUUUUAUUUCAAAUAUCUUCUCAAUGUAAACUUCUGUUCCUGUUCUAUUUCAUACUUUCUAACUGCCAGAGGCAGUGUAUAAACACUUGUGGAUAACAUCGCGCGCAUGCGCAGAGGUCUAAUGCUAACGUGAAAAUGUUCUCCGCUUGUUGAAGUUAGUAUUGGAUGUGGUUUUCUUUACCCUGCUCGGGAUGGAGUGAAAGCAUAUGGUAAGUAAACGGCUAGUGAUAGCCAACCGCUAGCAUUGAAAGUGUUUUACGCAUAGACUGUAUAUACUAUGGACAACCUGGUUCCGCCUACCGCCUGUAUACAGAUUUGAAACCAAAAAGCUCUCAGUAAUUCCGGGAUUUUUCUUCAUUUCCUGAAACCAGCGCUGUGCAGUAGCAGUUGUGCGCAUUCAGCCGUGCAGUCACAGAGAGUCACCGUGAUGACGCUCGGCUCAAACAGCGUAUCCCCCGGGAGAGCUACUCAAUCCCUGAACGCCCAUAGGCUGUAUCAGGUGUCAAUCAUAGCAAACAUGAACCCCCUAAUAACUUUUAAAAAUGGUGCUUCACAGGACUUGAGCACAAACCAGUCUUACAAUAACUACAUGUCAACAUCGCAAGCAGGGGGGAGAAAAAUUUAUGUUCUGUGUAAUAAAUUUCUAAAGUUGGUCCACAGCCCCAUAAGCUUUGCUGGCGGAGGCAGGAUUUAUGACCUAUACUGCAGCCCAUCAACAGAGGGUGCUGUUCUCGGAGUGGCUUCACCCCGUGAGGAGGCAGACGGCGUCCACUCCAUAUACAGUGUAUGGUUUUACGCUUCGUUCAGCUAGAAUUGUAUAAUGUCGUGACCCACGUUGGCCCGGUCUGGCGUUCAUCAGCGUCAAUAGCAUUUUCCGCUACAUAGCUGUGGUGAACCCUGCAUGGCAGUAGUGUACUGCUGUGAGUUGGUGAGUUGUUUGUUAACUGAACGGGCGUGGGUCUGCAACUAGCAUUAGAGAGAGCGUUGUCCGCUCCGUAAUUUAACGUUGACCAUUGUUUGCUGCUGGUUACAGCAUCUGAAGCUCCUUUUCGGGUGCCACCUUCUAGCGCUUUCAUCGCAGAAUUACAUUCGUGUUGGUCCGAUCCCAAAUUGGAUCGGCACCUGUCACAAGACUGCAGGACCAUGGGAGCCAUGGCGGAUGCUGCGCAGUUUGGGUUGGAUCGUAUGCCAGCAGUAGAGAAUCCGGUUGCUUCCUUGGUGGUGUCACCUGAUGAGGCCCUCAGUCAGAACCCUCGGUGCCCACUAGUGCAAUGCAGGCUUACUGAUGAAUAUAUCACUCAUGCCUAUGAGUCGGCAGCACGGAGCGGCUCGCGUGGGCAAUUCACUUUCCAACCUUAUUCUGGCCCUGGAUAGAUCUAUUGCGGAUGCAGGGGCUGACCACGCUAGGCAGAUCCUGAGUUCACUCACCCAUGGCCUCGAGGCUGCCUUCUAUACGCCUUUCCUCCAUUUCCAUUAAUCAUGCUUACGCUUCACAGAAUAGCCACGGGUGGUCAUACGGUGUUGCUGGUGGCUCCUCACUGGCCGGGGAGGGUCUGGUUUCCCAUGAUCCGGCAGCUUCUCAACGGAACGCCCUGGGGCUUCCCGCGGAGACAAGACCUCCUUUCACAAGUGGCAGGACGCGUUUUGCAUCCCCAGCCAGGCCGCCUUCAGCUUCAUGUAUGGCCCCUGAGGGGCCGGGUUCACUAUUAGAGUCCUGUGAUCAGGCAGUUGUCCAAGUCCUGCUUAAUGCCCGUGCACCCUCCACUAUGGCGCUUUAUGCCAACAGAUGGAGGCUAUUCUGUACUUGGUGUGAGGCCCAGCACGUGGACCCAGUCACGUGCUCGGUGCCAGUUCUCCUACGGUAUAUCCACAUGUUGAGGGAUAAGGGACUCUCUGCCUCUACAUUGAAGGUGUAUAUUGCCGCCAUUUCAGCUCGACAUGUCCUGGUGGACGGUCGAACGGUGGGAGCUCAUCCUUUGGUGAGCCGCUAUCGGAGGGUAGUGCUCAGAUUGCAUCCUCCAUACGUUACCAGAGUUCCCUCGUGGGAUUUGCCUAUUGUCCUGGAAGCCUUAUGUUCUGCUCCACUUGAGCCACUGGAGCGGGCUGAUCUAAGGUGGCUGUCAGUUAAAACUGCCUUUCUCCUUGCAAUCAAAUCUGUUCCGAGUGGGGGAACUACAUGCCCUUUCUGUAGCUAGGGACUGCGUAAGGUGGGCCUCAGAUGGCUCUCGCGUCACUUUGUGGCCAAACCCCUCCUUCCUUCCAAAAAGGAUUUCAGCCUUCCAUGUUAACCAGCCUAUCACACUGUCAGCUUAUACCUCGCACCCAGGAUCGAGUCCCGAGGGGCGAUUGUGUCCAAUUUGUGCCUUGAGGCAGUAUAUUGAUGGCAUGGCGGAGCUUCAGAAGUCGGACGCUCUUUUUCUCUGCUAUGGGGGGCAUAGAAAAGGUCACGCUCUAUCUUAGCAACGUCUUGCUCACUGGAUUGUGGAGGCCAUUUCGCAGGCUUAUGUACGCAAGGGACUCCACCAGGGCAUUAAAGGGGGUUCCGCUGACCGACAUCUGUGCAGCACCUACAUGGGCGUCCUCCUGUACGUUCGCCCACUUCUAUCGGAUGAAUGUUGCCGCUCCUCAACUGGUCCAGACGGCCAUGUUAUCGGCCUCUUCAACCUGCAACUGACGGUUGGUGAGUGUAGGUUCUUCGUGACCAUGUUGGUAUACGUUAUCCACCAGUGUUUAUACACUAUCUCUGGCGGUUAGAAGGCAUGAAAUAGAAUGAGAGUUAUGCAUAUAACUAAGGUUCUAUGAAUACCGGAUAACCGCUAGAGUUAUCCGUGACUCGAAACCUCGGCGAAAAGAUUUUCACGAGGAAGAUCCUUGUGCACGUCAUACCCAUAUAGACUACGUACGCGGGCACGUACGUGCGCACAGGGUCACAUGUGACAAUGUUGACAUUAGAUUUCGACCUCUACGCAUGCGCGAUGUUAUCCACCAGUGUUUUUACACUGCCUCUGGCGGUUAUCCGGUAUUCAUAGAACCUUAGUUAUAUGCAUAACUCUCGUUCUCUGUUGUCCCUCAGCUGCUUUGCUUAUGUUUGUGUUGUUUACAAGGGUUGGGGGGAGGGGAGCAGAGAAGAAAGCAAAUGUCAAAAAAUAAAAUGAACCAAAAACCUUCAACAACAAAAGUUAAAACCCCUUAAAUAGGAAAAACACAAAGACUUUAUCAACCUUCCACCUUUAUAGUUUUAGAUCUUUAAUUUUCUCUAUAAGGUAGAAAUCAUUGACAUUAUUAAUCUGUCUUUAUAUAGCGCCAAUUCACAGCCAAUAUGACGUCAUGACACUUAUUAAAACGGCUGAUCCAGAACAGACUCUAUUUAUAAAGACCCUGAUGUAAAGAUGGGAUCAGACUGAGCCCCAUCCUACAAGAUCAGACUUAAUCCCAUCCCACCAUAAACCACAUGAGUGAAAGACUUUACAGCAUUUAUCAAGCUACAGUGGAGAGGAAGAACUUCCUUGAACAGGCAGAAACCUCGAGCAGUCUGGUUCUGCUCGAGGUUUCUGCCUGUUUUUUUCCCCCAAUUUCUUUAUUGAGUUUCUGCAGACAGUACAGAAAUGUUCAACAGUUAAACAUUACGCCAGAGUGUCUAUAUUAGGGUGAUUCUGAGGCUUUUAAUAUCUCUGUGGGUGACCAAAUUCGAGCCGAUGUGUUGGUGCAGAUAUACACUAAAAGGCACGAGUUGAUCAUAUUUGGAGUAUACUGCUGCUAAAGAAGAGGAUGGGGGACAGCGACAGUGCUAGAAAAGUCCACCACCAAGAGGGCCAACCACAGGGCUUGUGGUCUGCAUUGUUUUGAUGCAUAGUUAGGUUUUUCAGGAGGGGCAUGGCAGGUCCUGUGUGUGGGCUUCUGCACAGGUACAGAGCUACACAGCUCUAUGGUGGCUCUUGUUUUUAAGAUUUUGACUGCAAAUCACCUCUAAAUCCUUCUUCUGUUGAGCACAACAACCACUCUAGCUGCUGUAGAAAAAUGACGGCACAGGUUAGCUAUGUCUGUGUAAAGGGGGGCAGCUCCUUUUAUUAAAUAUAAAAAACUAAUUUAAAGUGGGCAAAACACACCCAUUUUUAUAUUCAGGUGAUAAUACACAUGUUAAUGAAUAUUCAAUUUCUAGUAAGUCUGUUCUGCAAUACCACACAGCACCUGUAAACGGUUACUGAAAAAAUGGGGGAAAUACUGUCAGGCAUGAUUUCCAAUCAAUGUUUUAAUAUAAAGCCGGCUCGAUGCCUCUACAAUAAAACCACAAAUAAGUCAUAACAUGUGUUCACAGCUCUGCAGAUAUUCGGACAGCUGUCUUCCUCCAAACUCCUUUGUUGUAUAUUUCAUUUUAGAUCACGACUUUUAUUGUCUGAUUGUAUUUGUUCUGUGAAAGGUACCAUUUUACACCUGUGGCAUAAUUAUAUCACAACAUUUGAUUGAUAUUGCAGGAUGCUUUAAGCAACUCUGGCAGCGAUGGUAUGGGUCAGAUCUCCCUGGAGUUCUACCAGAAGAAGAAGUCUCGCUGGCCCUUCUCUGACGAGUGUAUCCCUUGGGAAGUGUGGAGCAUCAAGGUCAACGUGGUGAACUUGGCCAAUGAGCAGGAGCGACAGAUCUGCAGAGAGAAAGUAGGCGAGAAGCUGGGUGAGAAAGUCAUCAACGUGGUUGAGGUGAUAAACCGGCAUGAAUACCUGCCAAAGAUGCCCACUCAGUCUGAAGUGGACAAUGUGUUUGACACCAGUCUCAAAGAUGUCCAGCCAUAUCUCUACAAAAUCACCUUCCAGAUCACUGACUCUCUGGGCACUUCUGUGAGCACAACCAUGAGAAGGCUGAUCAAGGACACUCUGGCACUGUGAGAAUGCUUGAGGACAGACAAGAAAGAACUAUCCUGAUGAUUCAGAACUGCACUUCAGUCAUGGAGUCUCUUUUUGGGCUCAGAAACGUAAAAUACAGCAGGGACUAACUACUCUGCUGCUUCUGAGAUGUCUGUGUUGUGCUUUUGCUCUGGCUUGUACCUUCACAGUCUUGAAAAUGUAAAAUUGAUUUUUAAAUAUUUGUUUUUUUUUUUUUUUUUUGCUACUUAUUCUUGAUUUUUUUCCUUUAAUCACCAGAGAAUGCAACUUUAAGAAAGACACAGAUCACACGUAAUAUCAGAUAAAUGCCUGGUAGCUAACAGGACCAUGUAAGACUAAUAAAUGACAUUUCUGGUCACCUGGAUGAGUUGGAAAGCACAUUCCUCACCUUCCUCUUUGCUCACACAUUUGCAGUGAAAAAGUAACCUUACACCCCACAGGACAGGAUUUCCUCUUUUACAAAUUAAAGCUAACUCUUGAGGGGCUCGCUCUUGAGUUUCCAGCCAGAAUCCGCCACUCUGGCCCCUAGCCUAAACACAGCCCCUCACCAGCUCAGGGUUUUGAGUCAAACAAAAUGACUUGUAAAUCCAUUUUCAGGUAAUCCAGCUCUGCAGAUAAAUAAACCAGCCAGUAACUAUUUCAAACACCACUUACUUUGAUUAUUUCACCCAGCCCUCACUCAUGUAAAGGAAAGAUAAGGCACUGCUUCAAGAUGUUAAGUCGCUGAAUUCUCCCAACUAUCUGAAUGAGGCCACACUGUGAAAGAACACAGCAACUUCAUCUAAACAUGACAUGUCCUCCGUGGAACAUUUGGGAGAGGAGUGUAGUCCGACACUGUCAUUAAUCCUAUCAAACCACCUUUACUGCUAAUGUGCAAUUUAUCAGAUUAAUUUAUCCUGUGGAAGUCUCCAGUCCUGAAGGAAGUUCAUGGUCAGAGCUCUUCAGGUAAGUUUCUAGAAAUGAGAUCCUGUCAUUCAGCUGGAACAAAAUGGUCAUUUAACAGGCACUUAAAUCCACUUAUCUUGUUUUUUUUAAGCCAUAAUGACCAAUGCCUUUGAUAAAUGAUUGCUAUUGGGCAGUGCAGCCAAAAUGUUUUAUCACUUAACAACUAUUUAGCUUGGCAGUGAUACCAAAAAUUUUCCAUGACAGCCUAGCACAUAAACAUGAUAUGCAGUGUAUAUGGGAACAAGUAUAGGGUUGGACUAUUACGACUGAUACUAAAAUCAAAACAUCCUGAUUAUACUAACUGGUUUUAGACCAACCUGAAAGGUAACCAACUCUAGCCUGGCUGGGCCAUCCAGUUGCGUGAAUCACUUGCCAUUCCUUCCCCUUCCUUCCCUUCUUGUUGGAAGGAACGGCAAGUGAUUCACGCAACUGGAUGGCCCAGCCAGGCUACACCAACACUACACCUGAUUGACUUAAUAUCACAGCAAUUAAUGAUUAAAUUUCAAAAUAGAAGCCGUCCUUAAUGCAAAAACCAACAAUUAUGAUUUUUUUAAGUAAGAGACUAAAAAUAAUUGUUUCCACAAACUUUGUGAAGUCCAAGCUGAUUGAAGGCCACCCUCCAAUACUGUCCACUUAAUGACCGGGUGGUCUGAUGUUUAAGAUCAGAAUAAAGACAACUUAAAUAUAUAUGUAAUGCAGUUCAAGUAUUGAUCAGAAAUACAGUAAAUCUCUUUUUCUGCAAUGUGACCUAGGUAAUAAUAGGAAAAUAUGUUGUAGGAUUUUAAAAAAAGAAACAGUCAAUUAUUUAAAAAAAAGCUUUUUUUAAUAAUAGGCUAGACUGUUGAAUGGCUGUUUUUUGUAUCAGUCUUGAUGUAGUCCAACCCAGUACUUAUUCUCAAGCUCUAUAAACGCUUUAAUUUUGAAGUUGUAGAUUAGAGUAUCCAGUCAUUGCUGCACAGGUUAUAUGUAAUUCUUUUCUCUGUAUAAUUUUUGAGUAAUCUCCUAUUACUAACAAAUAUAUUAACAAAUUUCCCUUUGGGGAUCAUCAAAGUUCUUGUAUUAUUGAAAUUAUUAUUUCAUACAAAUCCAUCUCUUCCUCUUACUCUAUUAAUUAUCUGUUGUCAAAUCCCAAAUGUGGCUCGAAACAGUUUUUCCCUCUACUUGAUCCCUCCUAGAAAAAAAUCUGUUUUCUUUGUUGUCAAUAGUAUAAAUGUAUUUGGACCGCGGUCUUUAUACAGUACUUGAACUUACUCACUUUUAUUGAUUUAAUUGAAGUGGCAGAGUGAUUAAACAAAUGAUCUAAACAGUCCCCUUCUUCUAAUUGGGCACUCAGUGACCCAGCUGUUUGUGAAUGACUCUGCACAUGGAGCACCUAAUGAUGCUAAUGAUGAGGAUAUGGAUGAUGAUGAUAAUGGAGAUGAGGAUUGUGAUGAUGAAAGAUGAUACUGAUAAAGAUGAUGUAGAGGAGGAUGAAGAUGAAGAGGAUGAUAGUGAUGAUGACUGAUGAUGAUGGCCAUAAUGAUGAGGGUGAUGAUGAUGAUGAUGAUGAUGAUGAUGAUGAAAACCGUGUCACUGACUUUACAUGGUUAGUGAUUCACUGUAGGUUGUUGGUGUAAUUCAUUACUUUGGAAGAAAAGAAAAGAAAAAAAAUGCAUUGUCCUAUAUAUUGUAAGUCAGUGCUCUGCCCUAACUCAUGUUGUUUCCUUUCAUCUAGAUCUUUGCUUGUUUUGUAUAUGAUCUCAAAAGUACAUCUCUUUGGGGGAAAGCCUCUGCUUAAUGACACUGUAACAUUGUAAAUAGAGUGAAGAGUGAUUGAAGAUAAUUAUUAGUAUAAUAAUGUCUUAAAUACAACGGAGUUUGAGGGCCACGUUAAGAAAAAAAAAACGUUUUUAAAUCUUAGACAAUAAAGUUAUUAUUUAGGAGAAUAAAGUCAAUAAUAUAUAAGAAUAAAGUUACCUGUUGUGGAGGAGAAUUGCUAAAAUCAACACUGAGGAGCAUUUAGAUGAAUUGUACUUUAGUAUAGGUUUCACAAACAUGGAGAUACUUAAUCCUUUGGUACAUCAGCAUUACACUGUCAGAACUUUUAAAAGAUUGUAUGAGAAAUGCUGCUUUUGUGGCGGGGAAAAUGGCUGGAAAUGGCUGUACAGAGGCUAAAUCCGUCAAUACAGCUGUUAAUAGCAAUAGCAUAGGGCUUUAGUUUAUCAUAUGAGUUUAUCUCCCAUGAGGUGUUGAGGUCUCUGCAUGUGUAGGUUACUGACUUACUGUAAUCAUCGGGUCUUUUUCGUCCUUAUAAAAACCUGCUCUAUUUCGGCGAGUGUCUUCUUCUGUAGUCAAACCGCAAGAUAUCAAAAUCUACCCGGAUACAGCAAUGCUGCUUUUUGAUUGGCUGUUCAGUAGAUAUACUUUAUUUGAUUGGCUUGCGCGUGUCACGCAGCUUCUGAACUCUCGGAGGAACGCAGUUGAUUCCUACCUGUUCCAUAGUUAAAGAGGCGCAACUUGGUGGACAUCACCAUGUUCAUAUAAAUGCGUGAGAAAUAUAAUGUGUGGCGUGUGAGCGUGUGAAUGCGUGUGUUACACGCUGAAUACGUGAGACUUGAGAGCCGUGCAGAGCAGUAAACGCGAGACGCCCGCUUUCGCUAUUUUAGAUGUCUCAAAACCAUUACGUUUUAAUGAAUCAAUGAAUAACAUCAGCGGCGAAAAGGAGUUUUAAAAAGACCUGGGUUCACAUGUUUUUAUUUUGUCACAAAAGGCUUCAAGCAUGGGCCAAAGCAUAGGACAACAAGUUCUAGAACCUGAAUGAAGUCAUUAAAGGCACACGCUUUUGGAUUAUUUCGCCUUGUUAUGUACUUUCAACCGCGCUCUCGUCAGGGGGGCAUUCUACGUCAGGGGUGCAUUCUACGGUACAACACCGGCGUGGAUAAGUCCUGCUUCUCGUUCUCGCAGCUUUGCAAUGCUACCACAGGCUCUCCAAGCACUCCAAGUACACGCGAAGAGUGUGCGCAUGAUUGGAAUAAUGGAACGCAGUUUGGCCUGUGAUGGAGCGAAGGAGCCAGGAGGGUUUGCUGACCGUCCAAGUGUCAUUUAAAGGGCCGAUUUCUGAAGUGCUCAGUUUACGUAUUAAGUCUGUAACUGCCUGUAACUUACUUUGAAAGAAUUUGUUCAUAUUGGAGUAAUGCUACUGACUUGACAUAGCAUGACUUAAAAGUACUCCAAAAUUCUGUGCAAAAGUCGACUAGAUAUAAUUAUCAGAAUACUUUAUUUAUGCUCGGGGGGAAAUUUAGUCAUUGCAGUAUAAAUGGAACCCAUGACGAGUAAAGUUAUUUGUUUCAAACCGACUUUGAAUAUGUGGGGAGAAAAAAGAUCAACUAUAUUAACUUUAUUGUUAACACUUAAUUCCUAAAAAUAGAUGCUGUUGUUGGCCCAUGGCUGUAUCUUCACACUUAUCUAUUUGUUUAAAAGAAUGUAAUUUAUUAUUUCAGAGUCUUCUCUCUGCCUCCACAUCAUACCACACCCAAUUUUAGAGUAAGACUCAAUGUUUUUGUUUCAAAAGAGGAGUUUUACAUAUAGAUAUAUAUUUUUAUCAAACUUCACCUCAGGGAUUCAUAAAGUUCUUCAUAUCAUUUUAUAUUUCUAUAACCAAUUUUUUUAUGAUCCCUGAGUCAAUAAAAGUAUUGUGAGUCAACACAAUAAUUCUUCUUAUGCCACCAGCUAACAUGAGUUGUGACAUGUUAUGUUGUAGCGUCCUUAUGUUCAUCAGGAGAGUUUGGAGCGGCACGAAUUACAGUGAGAGUACUGAUCAUCUUUACCAUCAAACUGCCACAGCUGAAAGUAAAACACUCAAUUCAACAUGAUAACUUCAGGUCUGGAUGCAGAGGAAAAUCUAAUUUAAAUAAAGAGUGGACAGCAGCAGACCCUGAUAAUACAGAGGGAAGAGACACAAUUAGUGAGAUCACAUUCAGCUGUUUUAGAUUGAAACAUGAGAAAUAUGACUUCAUGUUAUUUAUAUGUAGAAUAAAACAGGAGAUUAAACUCGAAAAGUAUCAGUCAUAUGAAAACAGAAGGUGCAUACUAUCUGCAACCAAGGGAUAUCAGCAGGGUCCCAACGGUCACUAGGAGAAAUGAAGGACUGGACAGAAACACAGAGGAUGUGUAAUCUCUGCGAUGGAGUGCAGUUCAGGUUUUGUUUAAAGGUAAGAAUGUGAGCCUUCUGAGGGACAGGAGAGAAAUUGAGAAUUAUUCAAAUCAAACAUUCAUGUUUGAAUGAAUUUUGUUAUUUUUCAACGGGGGCUUUUUUUUUUUUUUUUUUUUUAAAGAACGUGCUUGCAUUGUUGAAGUAAUAUCUGUUGGCUAACAGCCCUGCUGUGUGCCAUCACCACAUUAACAUUGUAUAUUCUUUUCGUGUUCCAUACCAUAUGAUCAGGGUCUGAGCCAUGCUUAAGGUGGGGUAGAAUAUCAUUCAAUAGCUAUUAGUUAUUGAUGACAUUUGGUGAUAUACGAUAUCGCUGUGUUCUGUUAUGUAUGUGUAGUCAACAUUUUAAAAUUUCAGUGCUCCACUCUUUCUGACUGUAAACAAAGCCAUUCCCCGCCUCCCCCAUCCUGGUUGGUUGUGAGGCGGACACUGCGCCUUAGUGCAGAUUGGUUGUGAGGCAGACACUGCUCCCCCGUGUCGUUCACAAGCCCAAACAAAGUUAGUGUGCUACUACAUCAGACAGUAGAAACCAACCAGAAAGUACAGAAAAUUGUCUGAAUCCUCCUUUAGCCACAACUGCCAACACAAGCAAGAAAACAAAGUAAAUACCGGAGACUCUGGCGGAAUAACGGAUGCUUAAAAAGAAGGUAGACCACCCGGACAAGAGCUAAAAAAGCUGGGUCAACAAUGAUGGGGGACGCUUCAGGAUCUUACGGACCCUGUAACCUUUCUGCUGGACAGGUAAACCACUUUAACAAAGUAAGCCAAGUGUCUGUAACAGAAGUGUUUCUUGUCAAACGGGACCUGCUGCGUGUUGUUGCACUGCUAAACUGUUUACCUUGGGUCCUGGAGUAUGUCACAUUAUCCUAGUUGUAGAAGUCCUGCAAACAUUGUGUUUUCUGGUAGUCUGUUGGCAUCUACAGUAGCACCAAUGCUAUUUACUUUCACGUUGACUGGGCCCCAUUUGUAAUUAUCUUUAGUAUUUAUUCGCAUUAUAUCUGAAUUUAACUUAAACGAUAAGAGCGAGCAGGAAAACUGGCGCUUCCUCAGAUCCUGCCUACCCCACCUUUACAUAAAUGUAAUGAAAGAUGGUCCUGAAUCUGCGGCCUCUGGAUUGCAGACACACGCCACUAGAGGGACAUUUACACCUGUAGUCCAGGCUGUACCAGGGUAGUUGUUGGUACUCGGUAUGAACCGCUUCGAGGUCUAAGUCAAACAAAGCUAAAUAAAGUGUAAGAUUUGA